UCCAUUUAAAAGAAGAUGCAAAUAUACGCGCCCCAGUUGAACAAUUUACCGGUGUACAAUCUAGUUAUUGAAAGAAAAUUAAGCGACGAACUGUUCUGGUCUAAAAACGGCAUGUUGAACGAAACUACAAAUAAUGGGAGUCAAAAUGCUUCCUUGGAUUCCUCUUGGUAUGGAUAUGACGUUGAUGAAGUUCUACAGAUAAGUCUCACGGUCGUGUAUUCUGUCACAUUAAUUACAGCUCUACUUGGUAACAUCGCGCUAAUCCGCAUAAUUCGGUUGCGACGUCCUCUGACUAGCGUAUCGAUUCUUUUAUCCAAUAUGGCAGUUUCGGAUCUUCUCACCGCCUUAUUUGCAAUGCCCUAUACCAUCUGUUACUUAUAUGUGCAACAGGAAUGGUUCCCAGGCAUCUUUGGCGUUAUAACUUGCAAAUUUAUUAAUUUUGUCUUCGGCACUACAAUUGCUGUAUCCAUAUUUGCACUGUUGACGAUUUCCGUGGAAAGAUACAUGGCAGUUGUGAGGCCCGUGUUGUAUCCUUCGUUCAUAAAAAGGCCUCUUUUGUUAUCCUCUGUCAUAUGGGUGUCAUCUGCCCUGUUCAUGAGUGUUUAUCUUUACAUUAACGACACAUACACUAUAGAUGGAGUUACUCUAUGUAUCUCAGACUGGGAACCGAUAUUCAGCAACGAGUACAGUCCGAAAAUCUUUUUUUCCUCUGUGGCCGCUCUUCUUUACGUCGUGCCAUUGUUGAUCAUUGCUUUAUUCUCGUGCUUGAUUAUUAAAAAGCUCAACAAGACAAAGAAAGCUCUCAGCAGCGAUCAGCCAGCAGAACACCUGUCUGACACUUUCACAAAGCGCCACCAGCGCGUCAUGCGAAUGUUAAUCGUUAUCGUAGUGCUGUUUACCGUGUGUUGGCUUCCGGUUCACGUUGUGCACGUCUUGGUAUACUUCUAUGGAGAGAUAUACAUGUCGCUACCGCCAUCUCUCCCACUGAUCUUAUUUUGGGUCUCGCAUCUCAAUAGCGCCCUUAAUCCAUGCGUAGUCAUUCUGUUAAACGAUUCGUUUAGAAAAAUUUUCAGGGUUAUUGUUCAGAGCUUGUGCAGUGGGAAAAUCCCAGACUUCAAUCAUGUACCCUCUUCCCAAAUUGGCAAAACCUGCAAGGGUGGGUGCUUACCACUCAAAAGAAAAAGACCAAGGACGUACUUGUUUGUUCAGUGGAGCAAGAGGGAUAACGCGACACCAGUUACCGUUGUUGAUGUCAGACAUGAAGAGAACAUUGCCAGUUAUUGAUGUAAAGGACGAUGGAAAUACGAUU